CGGGCUGGUGGCGGUGCAAGGCUGGUGCGUGGGGUGCAGGGCCCCGGGAGGGGAGCGGAGCGGAGCUCGCGGCCCGUCUCAUGGAGGAGCCGGAGCUGUAUGGCAUUGAAGAUGAGUUCGAUCAGCAGUUUGCAGACGAGCUGGAGGUGCUGGCAGAGAUGGAAGAUGUCCCAUCUCAACCGUCAGCCCCCAAAGUCUCCCAGCUCCGAAGCAGAAAGCAGACAUUUGAAGAAGCUCUCACAGCCGGGGAUGUGGUUAAGGACUCUGUCGCUCUAAAUUGCGAGCCAGACCAGGAAAAGGACUCUCAACACCAGACAAAUGCCGUGAAGAGCACUGGAGCUAACUCUAAGAAGCGGCAUCUAGAGCGUAUUCUGCAUGAAUCUAAGGAGGAGGAGUGUGCAGAGAGCUUGCCUCCUCACCAGCCUCCUGCUGUGCUCACUCCUAAGCCAAAGCGACGAAGACUUGAAGCUGUUAAGAAGCUGAACUUUGAUGUGGAGGAUAAAGUGGCCUCUCCUGAUUUCCCCCAGGAUGACAUUACCCCGCCUCCUUCCCCUGGGGACUGCUCCAAACCACAGACUGCCAGGAAUCCAAAGUUCCUGAGCCCAGAUAGCCUGGAAGUGAGCGACAUGGAUCUGCUACACAUGACACCACCCCUUGAAAAGGACCCGAAACGGGUUCUCAAGCGCCCACCCAUCCUGGAGGACUACGUCAAUGUGACUUCUUCUGAUGGCACCAGAGUCUUCAUGGUUCUGAAGGAAGAUCACUCCAGAAUUGGAGUGGAGCUCCCCAACUCUCUGGGCUGGAAUGCACAAAGACCACUUCAUUUACUGGGGGUUCCUUUUUCCUACCUAAAGCAGCAAGUGUCUGAAGAGCGUCGGAGGCGGGUUUUGGAGGCAUCGCAGCAGCUGACCGAAAUAUUAAACAGUCACCUCCAUGGAGAGGCUGAAAAUGAAACCUCUGAGCCUAACGAGGAAACAGAAGGUGCUGACGAUGAGGACGAAUCUGCGCUGCACUGCCUGUGGGUCGACAGAUUUACUCCUAGACACUACACGGAGCUGCUCAGUGAUGAUUACACAAAUCGCUGCCUUCUGAAAUGGCUGAAGCUGUGGGACAUGGUGGUUUUCGGGAAGGAAAAACCCGUGAAAAAAACAAAACCGAGUGCUGAUGCCCACCCUCCAUUCAAACAGCUCAAGGAACAGCAGAACAAAUGGAGAAGUAAGGCACAAUUCACAGAAGAGAUUCUGGAAGCUGAGCUGGAUCAACACAUGAGACCCAAAUACAAGGUGGCACUGCUGUGUGGCCCACCAGGUUUGGGGAAGACCACGCUGGCCCACGUGAUUGCCAAGCAUGCAGGAUACAAUGCAGUUGAAAUUAACGCCAGUGACGACCGCAGCCCGGACAUAUUCAAAACGCGGAUUGAAGCUGCUACUCAGAUGAAGUCCGUGUUGGGAGCCAGUGAGAAGCCCAACUGCCUGAUCGUUGAUGAGAUAGACGGUGCGCCAACUGCUUCUAUUAAUGUGUUGCUAAGUAUCAUCAACCGUAAGGACAUGGAGACCGAGCCGGCAGCUAACCCUGGCGGAGCAGGUGGCAGAAAAAGGAGACGGGAAGGUGGCAUCUUAUUAAGGCCAAUCAUCUGCAUUUGCAAUGACCAGUAUGUCCCCUCUCUGAGGCAGCUGAGACAGCAAGCCUUCCUCUUAAAUUUUCCUCAGACUGCCCCCUCCCGGCUGGUGCAGAGACUGUACGAGAUUGCCGUCAAGCAGGGCAUGAAGGCAGAUACAGGGGCGCUCACGGUGUUGUGCGAGAAGACAGAGAAUGACAUCCGCUCGUGUAUAAAUACCUUGCAGUUCCUUCAUGGCCGAGGCAAGAAAGAGCUUAGCAUGAGGAUGGUGCAGACAAUGAAGAUUGGCUUGAAGGACCAGAACAAGGGGCUCUUCUCCAUCUGGCAGGAGAUCUUCCAGCUUCCAAAGGUUCAGAGACAGAGGAUUGGAAUGGACCCUUCCUUGCCAAAUCAGAUCCUCCUGGGAGGUGAUGCUGACCUGUUAAACAUAUCGGGGGGAAGAGCUGGUCUUAACGCAUCCACCCAAAGGUUCCAUCACAUCCUGCACCUCACCACCUCUUCUGGGGAGCAAGAGAAGCUCACUCAGGGCCUGUAUGACAACUUCCUGAACAUGAAAUUAAAGGAUUCCAGUUUCAGUGUGGUUUGUCUGGCUCUGGAGUGGCUGGGCUUCUCCGACAUAGUCAGCAGCACCGUGAUGCACCACCAGAACUUCCAGUUGAUGAGAUACCUGCCCUUCCUCCCUGUUGCUUUUCAUCUGCUCUUUGCUGCUUCCAGCAUCCCCAGACUAGCCUAUCCCAACAGCCACUACGAGGCCCUGACCAAACUGAACCAGAUGCAGAAUCUCGUGGCGUCCAUGAUAUCGGGGAUUGCGCCCAGCUCUCGGAGCCGCGCGGGACCGCAGUCUCUCAUCCUGGAGGCACUCUGUCUGCUCUUAGACAUCAUCUCCCCAAAGCUCAGGCCGGUGAACACGCAGCUGUACAGUCUCAAGGAAAAGCAGCAGCUGGCUGACCUGAUCAGUACAAUGCUGGCCUAUAACCUGACCUAUCACCAGCAGCGCACUCCCGAGGGGCAGUAUGUCUACAAACUGGAGCCAAACGUGGAAGACGUCUGUAGAUUCCCAGACCUACCGGCUCGGAAACCGUUGACGUACCAGGCCAAGCAGCUCAUUGCAAGAGAAAUCGAGCUCGAGAAGCUGAGGAGGACGGAAGCUGUGCUCCAGACCCAGAACACCAGCCAGGUGUCUGAAGAAAGCCUCAGUAAAAAAGAAGAUAAACCAAGUGCAAAGCCGGGGAUACUCAAGUCCAAUGUCCGCAACCAUGAGCAGCGUCUGGAGCACAUCAUGAAGAAAGCAGCUUUUGAUGAGAAGCCAGAAGUGGACUUCUUUGGGCGCCAGCUUGUUAAGAAACAAGUAUCUCCAUCAGCAGCUAAUCAAACGUCCGAGCACGACUCUGUUGAAAAACAAAUCGGAAAGGCCGUUGGAAAGAGCGACGUUUGGUUCCGAUUUAAUGAAGGGGUUUCGAAUGCCGUCAGGCGGAAUAUUUACAUUAAGGAUUUGCUCUAGUGAUAAUUUAAAGAAAUAAAACUGAAGAAUACAGAACAGAAAGAAAAAUUUGACUCAGCCUUCUAAAGAACAAGUAUGGUUCAUGAGAACUUUCCUGCUUUUAUUUUCUAUUCAGCUGUUUGUAAAAAAAAAAUAAGC